AGCGAAGCGUACCGCAGUUGUAUGUACGGGGUGGGAACACUUAGACGUUCAGUGGUACGUAACCCGAUUUCUCGGUAGUCUUGGUGAUCUCUCGCGUCGCCCGACAUCGGCUCGUCGUCAAAUCACGACGUUUCGCAUUACUGACUUGUCAAUUUAAUCAUUUUAACAAGACGCCGCGCAGCUGAACUCUCACGUUCUUUACAUAACCUUAUAGACGAUUGAACUUUGCAAACAGUUGACAUUAACUUUGCUUUCAGUUUCACGUCGAAACGUUCGAAAACAGAAUCACGAUCGUAUCGCAUAUUUUGUACGCUAUCGGUUCUCUAAUUAUUUUAAUAACACAAAAUAAGCGAGUUUUGAUAUGCUGGCAAUUUUGAAAUAAAAAUAUGCGGGAAGCGGUUAUGCAGCCAAUGAGAGGGAACACGGCAUUGCGCGGUCGAAAUACACGACAACUUUAGUUAUUCUCGCGCCGUUCGCGUCAGUUUGCUAUCGAAUCACGUCGGCUUCGUGUUCCUUGCAUCAUUCGUACGUCGAAAGUGAAUUAUAUGCGCGAACGAGAAUCGGGAGUGAUGAAUCAAAUAAUGGGUGAUAGUCUGAGUGUACUUACUAGAUUGCGAUAGUACAAUCAAGUGCAUUUUCGAUAUCUAUAACCUAACUCUAUCGUAUAAGUACAUUCGGUGCGGCAUCCUUAGACACAAUGUAUUCACUACAUGUCUAUUUCGCAUUAUUUGUUCAGGAGAGGAGCAUUGCGAAUCAGAUUAAAUACCAGCAAGGUUCACAUUAACCAAUUUAUUGAAACAAAUGAUUUUCACUUAUUUAAUCAUCAGAUUACGUCCGCUAGUUUUGUCAUUACAUUUUGAACUUUUUAACCUGUGAGAAGUGUGUGUGUGUAUCGCGCGCUCGAAUAAUAAACUAUUUCUAUACGUGACCGGUCGAAUAAACGCGUAUUUCGUGUCAUUUGUUCGUCCCGUAAGCGAAGUGCGUGAUUAUACAGAGUAUCCGGAAAUAUCAUGAAAUAACGGGCGGUAUCAUCGAGAUGGAUUACUCUUUGUCAGUGUGUGAGUUUAUAAUCUGUCAGUAUUUUGAACAUGUGGACGGAAGAGCAGCCAGCAGCAAAUUGAAGUAGGAAAGAAUGAGGGAACAGGCGAUGUAUCUCAAUUGAAAUCCCGUUUCACUGUGAAAUGGAGCAUCCAAGCAGACGUGCGCGCAAAUAAACGCGAUCGCAGCCGAUACCGAGAGCAAUAAUCACGGGAAGGGUUCCUCUAUCCACUUGGGCAUUUUCGACGAGGCGCCGCUCCGUUAACCGACAUUCGUGUGCAACAUGUUUGGGACGAAAUUGCGCACGUGGAUGGAGGCACACAUCGUGCGAUCGAAAAAGAAAAAGGAUCGGAAGAAGGGCGACAAGGGAUUCGACUCGAACUGCAACUCCCCCAGGAGCCACAGCGCCAACAGAUCGCCCGCUUUACACCAGGUACAUCCGGUGGAUUCGCCGACGAAGAACGUGGACGGUAUCCGAUUGCACGGGGGCGGCUACGGCGCGUCAGUGACUACUUCAUCCGGCACUUCCGGCGGCACCGCCGGAAGCGUGAGCCUUUCCUCGCCGGAGAGCGCGUACUCGACCGGCUACUCGACCGACGGCACCUCGCCCGGCACCAGUUUCCCGCCCGAGUACUAUAUCAACAUCAGGACCGGCACCCACUACUUCCAGAGCAGUAGCGGCGCUACUACCACCACCAACAAUAACAAUAAGACCAGGGCGAAGAGGCCGCCGGGCGACGCCGCGAGUCUGCUUCCGGCCGGUAGCGCCGCGUCGGGAAAUGGAACAGCCGGGGACAGGAGGCAGUCAUCCGCGAGCACGACGAACAUGACCAGGGAUAAUACUCAGCAGGAAAUACGAACGAGUACGCCGCACAAGAGCGAAGAAACACCAACGAAUCAUGGUCAGAGGCAGCAGCAGCAGCAGCAGCAGCAGCAGCAGCGGCAACAAGAGAGUUCUCACCGCAGGACCGAGUCUUAUUCCGCCGAUUCGAGGAACAGUCUGCCCGUACCGUCUUCGAUACCGCCACCGUUGGUCUCACCUCCGGUACAAUCGCCGCGCGAGCGUUCCCGCAUUCGGACGAAUCCGUGGUUGUCGGCGAACUCUUCCGGUUCAAGCACAAACGGCCUCAAGUCACGACUCACCCUGGACGAGAGCAGCAGCAGCUCGGGCUUAAAACUCACGGAGUCGUCCGGUAGCGCCAGUGACGUCAACCUGAAUGGCAGGGAGCUUCAAAGCAGGCGGGAGCAUCGUCAGGAGAGCCUCAGCGCAGGUCGAAGCCCGAUCAAUCAAAAUUGGAGGAUCACAUCGGGCAUGGACCUCCGACCGAAAAUUCCUUUGGCUCUGCAACGACGAGCCAGCAGCAGCAGUUCUUCGGCAUCCUCGGUGACGCGCAGCAUUCGCUCGUCCGAGGACGAUAUCACGCUGAAUGAGAUGAUGGGCAAGUUCGACGAGAGCUACGUCUACGAGAAGGAGACGGAUAUUCUGUCGGACAGCGACCCGACCGACUGUGAGGAUUACAUUGACUCGCUGUCGGACAUCGACACCGGCCAGGACGGUGGCGAUGAAAACGAUCCAUUCGAGAACGACGAACUCGAUUACAUCGACAACGGCUCGUUCCUCGACUUGGACAGUCUCGAGUGCAGCGGCCACUUUCCCAAUACCGGCCACUGCACUUACUUUGCCUUCAGCAGCGAGCUCAGCCGCCGCGGCACCCGACUCCGCGAGUCCUUCCUCAAACGUAGGACCAAGGACGAAAUUGUGUCUCAAAGAGCCGCAAAUGCGAGGGCCAGCGCGAAGAGACAGAGCGCGCGACACAAAAAAAUGGACGACAAGCAGAGCGAGAAGCGCAAGAAGAGGAUAUCGCAGCGUCGCAAGCCCACUUUAGAUCGAUGCGACGACGAGACAGCGAAUUUGAACCGCGUGCUAGUCGAAAGAAUGCUGCUGAAAAAUUCUGGGUUUAAUCAGGGCAGUAGAAGUGUGGGCGGCACGCCGAUGUGUCUGCGACGCAGGAAGCACGAUGUCAACAAGAAUCUCUCGCCGAUGAGGCUGAACGGUAAUCCGUCGGCAAUCAGACCGGCGCCGAUUGAGAAUGACAUUGUAAAGAGACGAUCAAACUCGAUAAGCUACGUAAACGGCAACAUAGUGCGACGCCAUGUAGCUGGCAACACGUACAUGGCGACUUUUGCGUCGGAAAUCGCACUAAUCGAGGCGGACAAGGAGGCCGAUCGCAAGUAUCGCGAGCUCAUCCUCGAAGCGGAGAACAUCCUGGUGAGCAUGCAGAAGUAUCAGAACCCAUCGCCGUGCGUGCCGUCGCCGUCGCGCAAGCUGCACAAUGGUCUGGCAAACAAGCGCGUCGAGCUUAUCAAGAAUACGGAGCUGAAUAUCGAGCUGGCGUUGUCAAAAAGCCGCAAUUCCCAACCAGAAUUGCAGAGCGGCAGUAUCCGGGAUCUGGAACACACCAGCCCCAAACGACAAUUUACUCAGCCACCGUGCUCGCCGAUUCACCGGUUCAUGGAAAGAAAUUCGCCGGCCAGUUUCGUGCCGAAGGAACCUCCCGCUGCUUACCGGCAACACGAGCUGUCCAAGUGUCCGGAUUCGCCGGCGAUGCAGCGUAGAACGACGCCGCAGAGUUCGCCCAGCAGAACUCUGAUACAUCAUCAGAUGCAUCGAGCACGCAACGGCGAACUGGUGGAAGCCAAGGAGUGCAAUAGAUCGCCUCGGAUCGCCUUGAACUGCAACGGCGGACCGAGACUGGAGAUGAUGAAUGUGAACAACUCCCUCGGAGAUAAGAUGCACAUGAACGGAACGUCCCAGAACUCUCUCGCUGGAAAUAGAAAGGAGUUUCGCGCCGCGAGAGAACCGACGAAGGAGGAAGGAGUGACAUCUAGCUCAUCGGAUUCCGAAGAGAAAUGCGACGUGAGACGAAGGGCUCCAUUGAUGACUUUCAGAUCGAUCGACAUGGGUCCGAUUAAAGAAGGUUCUUCUUAUUGCCCACAAAGCGAACCGGUCAAAAGAAAAGUGUAUGCCGGAAGCGCUACAUACGGCCGGAUACAAAAGACAUUGGGCGAGCAUGUUAUGCUGAGAAAUUCUGACGGCGAUACAGGGACCGAUGAUACUGAUGAUUCGAGGAGAUCCCUGAAGGAGAAGGUAGCGCAACUGCGGCAGGAGCGAUUGGCGGCCGAGGCGAAUGCGAAUAACACUCAAGAUUCGCAAUUCUUCCAGCAUCAGCUAUCUCAGUUACGGCGACAGAUGCUGAUGCAGACGAUAGAGGGUCUAAAACGCAGCCUCGAAGAUCAGUCGGCCACUUUGAAGACCUGUUUAGAGCCGACGAGUCUGUUGACCGAUGAGCUACCUUGAAGCUCACCAAUCAGCUGACCCAUUUCCGAUCUGUGCCAUGCGAUUAUGACUGACGAAUUUAUGACAUCGCCCCGCUGGUCGCGAGGGAAACGCUCGUCAGACAGUAUCGAAGUCACGGGUACUGUCUUUGGCGGAUCCCUGAUUGGUCGAGUCGCCGCGCAUCGCGAAUAUUGAUCAAGAGCGUAGCGUUUCCUCCAUGCGCGCCGAAUUAUAUUGAUGCGGUCCUUCUCGAGCUCGGCUAUACCGGAGUCAGCUAAAUGCUGAUGCACACGUUAAAUCUAUUUUUCUGUCCGUGAUGUAUCUAUGUGAUGUAUGUGUAUGAGAGAGAGAGAGAGAGAGAGAGAGAGAGAGAGAGAGAGAGAGAGAGAGAGAGAGAGAG